AGCCUUUUGGCUUCUGUACACUGAAAGAACACAAAACAACCGCCAUCCUCGAUGAAGAAGACGAUAAUGGAAAUGGGCAGCGGAGCUUUCGAUCUGGUGACCGAAGACCUCCUUCAGAACAUUCUCUCGAGGCUCCCCGCCUUAUCCUUCGCAUCCGCCGCGUGCGUUAGCCGCUCCUGGAACCACGUCUGCGCAUACAUCCUCUCUCGUCCCAAGCUCGCUUCCGCGCUCUCCCUGAACCGUUCUCAGCGUGAUGCUGUAAAAGAAGUCAUAGACAAGGUUCUUUCCGAGCCCAUUCGACCCCAUUUCGCGCUCGCCUGCGUUGGACUGCGGUUCAGCCUGGAAACUGUUCACCGACUUAUGAUGGAAGGGUUGGGACCCAGAAUCCCAAUAAUUACUUGCUCAGCUCAUGGAGUCAUUGGUAGAGAUGCUCUUACUGAUGAGUUCAAAGAGGUCAAAUGGGAAAUGGCUUAUGAUGAUGAAGAUUACAACGUUGCCGACUAUGACUGCAACGGGGAGUUGAUUGGAUAUGGACAAGGGAUCACCCUGACAAUUGGCUUCAUGCCGGGAUUAAAAGUGGAAGCAAUCCCACUUUUACGGCAUUCAAAGCCACCUCAAGUAGCUAUGGUUGAUCAAUUUGUCAUGAAUAUUGAGGAUUAUGCAGCUUCUGUCUCAGGUUGCAGAUCCCCUGCUGCAAUUUUAAUAUGUGGAGGUCAACACAUUGACACAAAAUCCGUUCUUGAUAACUUAGAUGCGGCACUGUCUGUUGAAACUGCCAUUGUUGGUGAUCCUAGUAGCAGUUUCUUAUACAGAAGCAGAGACGAUGCUAGAAAUGUGUAUGGAAGUGUAGAAUACAGUUCUGAUGCUGUUGCUUUUGUAUUUGCAAGGGAUAGAGACAAAUCUCGCAGUAUAGGGGAAAUUCAAUUUCAUGUUGAGUUAUCAAGCGGCUUGUCACCAGUGGGUCCCUUAUACAAAGCAGCUUCUGCCAGAGCCAAGGGCUCUGACCUCUCUACAUGGCUUACUGCCAGAAGAGAAGGGCUCAAUGAGAUUCUUGAUGGUCAAAGAAUUCUAAAUGAUAUUAAUGAUGAGAUGGGGGAUCAUAUUGAAUGCCCUGAUUUGUACAUUGGGGUUAAGGAACGAAGAAAAUACUCUCUUGGGCCGGGGAAGGUGAAGUUGAUGACAUCUUUGGCUUUCCAUGAGGUUUUAGGAGGAGAUGAGGAGUACCUUUUCAUCAAUGGUUUUGGUAUUAGAACGGGUGAUUUCUUCCGGUUCUACCAUUCAGAUUCCAAUGCUGCACUUUCUUCUUGUAACAAUACCUCUGCAAACUUAAGAAAUUAUGUGGAGGGUACUGCCAGUUAUGGUGAGAAGAAGGAAGUUUUUGGGGGUCUCCUCUUCUCUUGCUGUGGUCGUGGUGAGUCGUUUUUUGGGUGUUCCAAUAUUGACAGCUCCCCAUUCACGGAGAACUUCCCUGGGGUGCCAGUUGCGGGAAUCUUUUGCGGCAGGGAAAUUGGUCGCUGUUCUUCAAGCUCAAUUUGGAAAGGGAGUUGCGAAGAAAAUGCCCGUUGCUGCCUGCAUGCUUACAGCACCAUUUAUCUUGUGAUGUCCUAUACUCCACCGGUUUCAGAGCAUUAGCUCUUGCCUAUUGUUUCUCUUUGAGAUCAAUGGCACGAUUGCAUUCGAAGGGGAUGCUGAAUUUAUAAUUUACCAAUCUCACUGUGCUUUGUCAAUGAAUUUAUAAUUUACCAAUCUCACUGUGCUUUGUCAAUUUUUCUUUUUUGAAAACGCAAUCGACUUGCACCAAAAUGAGGAUGGCUCUGAUGGAUUCCCAUUUGAAAAAUGUUGACAUGGCACAAUGAAAUUGGUGCGUUGUAAAUUACAUGUAGUGUCCUCUUGCAUGCAAGUUUUUCUUGAGACUAUCUGGGAUUGAUGCAUUUUGAUGGAUUGGUGGUUGCAUAAUAUUUCUCUCGAGUCUUUUUUUUUUUUUAAUUCAAUUGUGUGAUUUCCCCUCAACAGAGAGAGAAUAGGAGGGGUGUGUUGUGGGAGGGGGAAGAUCCAUUGUAAUGGUUCUUCCUAUUGAUGGUCACAGGCUGUAUUAAUGUAACCUUUUAUGUCCAAGAGUAAAUAUGAAGAGCUCUGCACAUAUAAAGGUUUUAGGAUAUAAGCCAACCAAAUUUAUACAAGAGUGGUUUGACAUUUAUUCCUUUGAGAGGUUCGAGUCUGAACUGAAUCUGAAUAAUAUGCAAUGCAUAAUUGUUCUUAAUUUAAA